UAGCAUGAGUCACUCUUCUGGUGUUUAUAGCUCAAAGAAGAGUAAGCAAGAAAUCAGAAUAAAAAGACACAAAAACACACUGUCCUUUUAUUACACACAAACACAACAAAACUACAUUCUCACUCACCAUUAACAUGAGACUCGCCCUUUAUUACACACACCACCGGUGAUGAAUCCCAACACCACCGACCCACCACCACCUCAGCCACCGCAACCUCCACGCUCUUCCUUCAGCUGUGACACUCACCCUCUUGAACAAUUCACUGGCUUUUGCCCCUUGUGUCUUUGUGAGCGCCUCACAACACUUGAGCCCUCUUCAUCAGCCUCUUCUUCACGCCCACCAAACACCUCAAAUUCUACUCUUAAGUCCAUUUUCAAGAUCAAUAAAGCAACCCCUUCUUUUUUUCCUGAGCUUAGGAGGUCUCACUCCUUUUCUGCCUCGAAAAACGAGCCUUUUUCUGGGGUUUUUGAGCCACAGAGACACUCUUGUGAUAUUAGGGGGAGAAAAAGUUUUAAUCUUGAGCAAGAUAAGAGUGAGCCCAUUUGCUCACAAGCUCAAAACCAAGGUCUUGAGACUAGGGGUUUGAAAAGUUUGAGUCUUGAGCAAGAAAGUAAUAAGCCCAUUUGCUCACAAGCUCAGAAUCAGGUUCUUGAUAUAAAGGGUAGAAAAAGUUUGAGUCUUGAGCAAGAAAAUAAUAAGCCCAUUGGCCUACAAGCUCAAAAUCAAGGUCUUGAGAUAAGGGGAAGGAAAAGUUUGAGUCUUGAGCAAGAAAAUAAUAAGCCCAUUUGCUCACAAGCUCAAAAUCAAGGUCUAGAGAUAAAGGGUAGAAAAAGUUUUAAUCUUGAGCAAGAUUGCAAUAGGCCCAUUUGUUUGCAAGCCCAAAAUCCAGUUCUUGAAAUUGAAGAUCAAGAAAAUGAUGAAAUUACAGUAUUGGAGGAUGAUUUGAAUGUAAUUUCUUCGAAUACUAUUAGUUCUGCUGUUACUAGUGAGGAAAUUGUGGUGGAGAAGAGUAUUAAAGAUCAUAUAGAUCUUGAUUCGCAACCGAAGAAGUCAUCUGGCAUGAAGUUCUGGUCAGCAGCUUCAGUUUUUAGUAAGAAAUGGCAAAAAUGGAUGAGGAAAGAGACGAAAAAGGGGAGGAGUGGAAAUGGCUCUUCUGGCUUAGCUACAUUGCCUGUUGAGAAGCCUAUUUCGAGGCAAUUACGAGAGACUCAAUCAGAGAUCGCAGAUUAUGGAUUUGGUAGGCGAUCUUGCGAUACUGAUCCAAGGUUUUCGCUUGAUGUGGGUCGAAUGUCGUUUGAUGAUCCAAGAUACUCUUUUGAAGAGCCUAGGGCUUCUUGGGAUGGUUAUUUGAUCGGAAAGAAUUUUUCCCGGCUUCCUCCUAUGGUGGAAGAUGAUCCUGUGGUUAGUGUAUCGAGAACUGAUACUGAUAUUCCGGUAGUAGAGGAUACAUUUGUUGGGAAUGGUUUUGGGAAUGGAGAUGAGGAUGUGCCUGGUGGUUCUGCUCAGACUAGGGAUUAUUACUUAGAUUCUUCAUCGAAGAGGAGAAAAAGUCUUGAUAGGUCUGGUUCGCUUAGGAAGACUGCUGCAUUUGCAGAUAUUGAUGAUGUGAAGGUGGUUUCUAAUGCUAAAGUGACACCUGCAGUCAUAGAUUAUGUCAAUGGGGGAAGAGAGUUGAAUGGGGAUAGACAUUUGAGGGAGUUAAAUCUAAAUUCUCUGAGAGAUGAUUGUUCGGGGACAUUUGAAUUGGGAUCUAGAGAUAAUGCCUCGGUUAUCGGGAACAAUGGGGAGGGAAAAGAGUCGAAAAAGUCGAGGAGGUGGAAUUGGAAAAUUUUGGGAUUUAUACUCCCUCGUGGAGGGAAUAAGGAGGAGGAUGGUGAAAGGGGCAAUAGUAGACCAAGUAGGUUUGAGAGGUCACUCUCAGGGUCUUGGCAAGAGCUUAGGAGGGAUGGUAACAGAGAGGGUAAGGGGGCUUUUGAUAGGAAGGCAUUUCGUAGUAAUAGUAGUGUGAGCUGGAGGAACUCUUAUAAUGUGGCUGGAUCGUUUGGUAGUAUGAGGAAAUCAAGUAUUGAGGUUAAUGGGAACGGGAAGAAGAAGAAAGAAGAGUUUGUCUUGGAGAGGAAUCAAAGUGCGAGAUAUUCAACUAGUGACAUUGAUAAUGGCCUCUUACGUUUUUACUUGACACCAUUGAGAGGAAGUCGAAGGGGUGGACUAGGAAAAAGUAGGUCUAGCAACUCUCAAUCAAUUGCUAGAAGCGUUCUGCGGCUCUACUAGAUCCAAGCAGAUUUCAGGAUUAGCAAUUUAUGCACUCCCCAUCACUGAAAGGCGGAGGGAUUAUGCUGAAGUUUAUAUAAUAUAGUACGGGAACCUUUGGAAAUAAACCAAUUUGCACAAACAAACACACGGGAACUAGAGGAUUCAUCAGAACAAACACAAUCCCCCACCCCCCGGAGCUAAUGGGGAUGUGUAACUUCUCAAAUAGUUUUUUUCCGAGUAUGCCUGCAGACUUACUUAUCCCUGAAAAUGCUUUACUCGAUCAUGUUAGCAAUCAAGCAUUACUUGCUUAAGGUAGGCUGAAUGGAUGUGUGGUAUCUCUGAAGCUUUACAAAGGAAGAUGCAAAUGUUGUAAGAAGCUAGAUUACAGAUGUCCUGCGAGCCAGUAACUAAUCUAGUUCCAUCUUUUAUUUGUUUCUUACUUUCUUUUUUACUUGGGGGUCUGUAAUUGUAAUUGGUAUAUGAUAAAUGUAUGAGUUAUUCGAAUGAACACUGUUAUUGGUUUUGGUUCCUUUGUCUUGUAAAGUCUGCAAGGAAAUAACUAGCUUUUUUUUUGUU